AUAGGAUGAAUGGCAAUACAAUGAGUAAUCUUGCUGGUAGCCAAAAUACACACACAGACGAGCGACCGUACCUGUGUAACGUAUGUGACAAAUCAUUCACUAAAAAGUACAAUCUGACCAAUCACCAGCGGAUACACACGGGUGAGCGACCAUACCUGUGUAACGUAUGUGACAAGUCAUUCAAACAAAAUAAACACCUGACCGUGCACCAGCGAAUACACACGGGUGAGCGACCACACCUGUGUAAUGUCUGUGACAAGUCGUUCAUAAGAAAGCACAAUCUGACCGAUCACCAGCGGAUACACACGGGUGAGUUACCAUACCUGUGUAACGUAUGUAAUAAGUAUUUCAUAAGUAGCAGUCGUCUAUCAAAGCAUAAGUUGACUCACACGAAUGUGCGACCAUAUCUUUGUGACCUAUGUGACAAGUCAUUCAAACAAAAUCAACACCUGACCGAACACCGGCGAAUACACACAGGUGAGCGACCAUACCUGUGUAACGUAUGUAAUAAGUCUUUCAUAAGUAGCAGUGGUCUAUCGAAGCACUUGUUAACUCACAGAAAUUUGCGAUCAUACCUAUGUGACCUAUGUGACAAGUCAUUCACACGAGAGUAUAAUCUGAAAAAACACCAGAGUCGGCACACCGGUAACAAACGAUAUCCGUGUGAUGUAUGUGAGAAAUCGUACACACAAAAAUGUAAUUUUACGAAGCAUCGGGAGAUACGUCAUAUGGGUGGGGUACUGAAUCCGCAGGAUGUAUGUGAAAUAUUGUUUGAUACUAUCAAAACUGGCCCAACAUCUGUGGACGUAAACCGGGAAGAUAGGUACCAUAUCUAAAAAUUAAAUUAAAAAAUAGGAAAAUGUACCUACAACAGUUCUGUA